GCGACUCGGUCAGACCAGUUCUCCUAAAAAUACUUUUGUUGUGUCUGUUGUUGUUGUUGUUGUUUAGGAAGAAGAAGAAGCAGAAAAAAAAUCUCUUUGUUAUUCUUUGUGCUGUUUGAUGCUGUCGUUAUUGUUGUUGUUCCUUGACUUAUAAAUUUACCUGACGAAUUACUAGAAACCGGUUAGAUCUUGCCAAAGGUUUUCCACUUCAGUCAUCAACUCUCAAACAAGAUGCCAUUUCUUGACUCCGUUGCCAAACUUCAGAACGCUCUGCCUUGUCGCACAAAGCAAAUACAGCUUCUUGUCAAUCUGUUUGGAAAGAAAUCUCAAAUCUCGCCACCAGCUUUAUUCAUCUAUGGACACACGGGAACUGGUAAGACUUUAACGGUCAGGAGCAUCCUGGACGAACUACAGUGCAAAGUUGUGUGGAUCAAUUGUAUAGAAUGCUACAGUGCCAAAGUUCUUUAUGAGCAGAUUCUGUUGAAAAUAAAUGUCAAAGAGGAAGAAGACCAUCCGUCAUUUGACGACUAUUCCAAAUGUGAUAACUUGAACGACUUUUGCCGUUUAUUGCCUGCAGCUGUCCAAGAACUUGGAUAUUCUGAGGAAACCAUUUAUAUUGUUCUUGACAAAGCUGAAAAGUUACGUCAGAUGGAACCACACAUUUUAUCGGGCUUGCUAAAACUACAAGAACUGACCAAUCUGAAUAUUUCUGUUAUUCUUCUCACUGAUAUUGUUUGGGAAAAAUUCCGUUGCAACACUGGAACCUACGAGCCGUAUAUUAUCCACUUCCCUGAUUAUUCAAGAGAGGAGAUCUUGGAAAUUAUGUCUCUCGACCAUCCAAAGGAAUACCCAAAGGAAUUGUAUGACACUUACAUCAGCUUGGUGUUAAGUGUCUUUUAUUAUGUCUGCCGAGACCUGAAAGAGCUUCGACAUUUGGCUUCCAUUAACUUAGAGAAGUUUUUAGAACCCCUGAAAAAUGGUGAAGCCACCAUGAAUGACAGUCGGAAAUUAUGGAAGAAUAUUGAACCACAUCUCAAAAAAGCUCUUCAAACUGUUUAUUUACGAGAAGUUUCAAGUGCACAAUGGGAGAAGAUGCAACAGGAUACAAACUCUGGCCAACAGAUGGCACUGCAGUUACAUUCCAUUCAAGGUCGUAAUCAUUUGGAAUUACCAUUUUAUUCUAAAUAUCUAUUAAUUGCUGCUUACCUUGCAUCAUACAAUCCAGCCAAAACUGAUCGACGAUUUUUUUGUAAGAAAUCUAACAAGAUUUAUGGAAGUCUCCGGAAAAAGAAACAUGAGAGGACAAGCAACCACCUUUUGGGUCCGAAACUGUUUACUUUGGAUCGUUUAAUGGCAAUAUUCUACUCCAUAGUCGAAGACAGGGUGGCACCAUCUGCCAUCCUAUUUCUGCAAAUCAGUUCUUUGGUCACUCUCAAACUGUUGACCACGGUAGCUUCCGAUGACCAACUUGAAACUCCCAAAUAUAAAUGCCUCGUCUCACUCGAUACUAUCAAGCCCAUAGCCAGGUCUGUGAACUUUGAUAUAAUCCGAUAUCUGUAUGAUUUCUUGUAAAAACAGAAAACAAACACCACCAUCGUUACUGUUAACAGCACUAUUAUUAAUGAAUAACAUUAUCAUUAAUGUUAACAACAUUUAAUGAUGGUAUUGUUAAUCAUCAUCAUCAUCAUCAUGACUGUAUAAAACUUUUUAA